CCGAAGCUACGAGAAGGGGGGAAAAGAGAGCAUUCUUCAUUCAGUUUGUGUGCCUUGUGGGGAAAUUUUUUUUAAUCGUUAUUUUUUAAAAAAGAAACAUUUCCGUGCUACUGUCUGUCAUCAUCUCUGGGGAAAUCAGCCAGAACCACCGGAACGUAACUGAAACCAGACGAGAGCGGCGGGAGCCGAAGCAGUACCUGCAGCGUCCGGACACCAGAGCCACCUUGGAACGGGAACGCAUCUUAGGCGGCCGCGAGUCUGCGGCUCCGCCAAACUUUGGGGCGGGCGGGGCCGGCUGGGGCGCCGAGGGGGCUUUGUAGACCGAGAGCCGCCCCCUAACCAUGAUGUUUCGCGACCAGGUCGGGGUGCUGGCGGGCUGGUUUAAGGGCUGGAACGAGUGCGAACAGACUGUUGCGCUGCUGUCGCUGCUCAAGCGCGUGAGCCAGACCCAGGCCCGCUUCCUCCAGCUCUGCCUGGAGCACUCGCUGGCCGACUGCGCCGAGCUGCACGUCCUCGAAGGCGAGGCCAACAGUCCGGGAAUCAUUAACCAAUGGCAACAGGAAUCCAAGGAUAAAGUGAUUUCCCUCCUGUUAACUCACCUGCCUUUGCUGAAGCCAGGAAACCUUGACGCAAAAGUAGAGUAUAUGAAACUGCUGCCCAAAAUCCUGGCGCACUCCAUUGAACACAGCCAGCACAUCGAGGAGAGCAGGCAGCUGCUGUCCUAUGCUUUGAUACAUCCGGCCACUUCACUGGAAGACCGCAGUGCUUUGGCCAUGUGGCUGAACCACUUGGAGGACCGCACAUCAACCAGCUUUGGCGGCCAGAGCCGAGGCCGCUCAGACUCUGUGGAUUAUGGGCAGACACACUACUAUCACCAAAGACAGAACUCCGACGACAAGCUCAAUGGGUGGCAGAACUCUCGGGAUUCUGGGAUUUGCAUCAACGCCUCCAACUGGCAGGACAAAAGCCUGGGGUGUGAGAAUGGCCAUGUGCCCCUCUACUCCUCUUCAUCCGUGCCCACCACGAUCAAUACAAUUGGAACCAGCACAAGUACAAUUCUCUCAGGCCAGGCACACCACAGCCCUUUGAAACGAUCUGUGUCCCUUACCCCACCCAUGAAUGUGCCAAACCAGCCUCUAGGACAUGGAUGGAUGUCUCAUGAGGACUUACGAGCUAGAGGACCCCAGUGCCUCCCAUCCGAUCAUGCCCCCCUGUCUCCACAAAGCAGUGUAGCCUCUUCAGGAAGUGGUGGGAGUGAACACUUAGAAGAUCAGACCACUGCUCGUAACACAUUCCAAGAAGAAGGUAGUGGUAUGAAAGAUGUUCCAGCCUGGUUAAAGAGCCUCCGCCUGCACAAGUAUGCUGCGCUUUUCUCCCAGAUGACCUACGAGGAGAUGAUGGCCCUCACUGAGUGCCAGCUAGAGGCUCAGAAUGUUACCAAAGGUGCAAGACACAAAAUUGUCAUCAGUAUUCAAAAGCUCAAAGAGAGACAAAACCUCCUGAAGUCUUUGGAAAGGGACAUCAUCGAGGGUGGCAGCCUGCGCAUCCCGCUCCAGGAGCUGCACCAGAUGAUCCUGACUCCCAUCAAGGCCUACAGCUCCCCGAGCACCACCCCCGAGGCUCGCCGCCGGGAUACCCAGGCCCCGCACCCACCCUCGCUGAUGGGUCCUGAGAGCCAGAGCCCCGACUGCAAAGAUGGUGCUGUGGCCGCCGGAGCCACAGCCACUGCCACAGCCUCAGCAGGGGCCAGCGGCGGGCUCCAGCCACACCAGCUAAGCAGCUGUGAAGGGGAGCUGGCUGUCACCCCCUUGCCGGAGGGAGAUCUCCCGGGGCAGUUCACACGCGUCAUGGGAAAAGUGUGCACACAGCUCUUGGUCUCCAGACCCGAUGAGGAAAAUAUAAGUUCCUAUUUACAGCUCAUAGACAAGUGUCUGAUUCAUGAGGCAUUUACAGAGACACAGAAAAAAAGAUUGUUGUCAUGGAAACAGCAGGUGCAGAAGCUCUUUCGGUCUUUCCCUCGGAAAACCCUUCUAGACAUAUCAGGAUAUCGACAGCAAAGAAAUCGUGGCUUUGGGCAGUCCAACUCUCUCCCGACAGCCAGCUCUGUGGGCGGCGGCAUGGGCAGACGGAACCCACGCCAGUACCAGAUCCCCUCCCGGAAUGUCCCUUCUGCCCGCCUUGGCCUCUUGGGCACCAGUGGAUUCGUCAGCUCCACCCCGCGCAACACAGCCGCCAACCCCACCAUCAUGAAACAAGGAAGACAGAACCUCUGGUUCGCCAACCCCGGGGGCAGCAAUAGCAUGCCAAGCCGCACCCACAGCUCAGUCCAAAGGACCCGCUCACUGCCUGUGCAUACUUCGCCACAGAAUAUGCUGAUGUUCCAGCAGCCAGAAUUCCAGCUGCCUGUUACUGAACCUGACAUCAACAACAGGCUGGAGUCCUUGUGCCUCAGUAUGACCGAGCACGCCCUGGGAGACGGGGUUGACCGCACCUCCACAAUCUAGAAGCUGAAGAUGAGCGUGACCGCGCUGGCCGUGAAAUCGACUGCUGCGGGUCCAGUGUCAGCCAUCCUCAGGGUUGCACAGCAUCCUCCAGGAUACUUUGCAGCCUUUUUUUUUCCCUGGUCCCUCUCCCAUUUUGAUUUUGUGAGAGCGUAGGUCAUCCUUGUAAACAUAUCAGUAGACCUGGGAUGGGUUAUUUUGUCAUUUGUUUCUGUCAUGGGAUGGCUUGGUGUGGGGCAUGGGGAGGGGUCUCUGAGGGAAACGUGGGACUGGGAGGGGGUGGAGGGAAUGCAAGUGUGGCUUCCUGGAUGGAAAGGGAAACAUUUUUUUAAAAAAGGAACCGCUGUGAGAGAGAGGAGAGCCCGCCCUGAGAGAGAGGAGAGGCAUGGGAGGGAGGCAGAAGCCCCGGCCCUCGGGAGCCUUCUCAGAAGCCUGCCUCCACAGUCGGGCCCCCGCAGGAAGGCAUGGGUGCCCGCGACCAAAGCCAGGUGGUGGCUCGCGCUUCUUUGUCUCCCCGCCGAUGGGAUUUCCCUGAGGCCCCUGCUUGAAAUGCAGCCCCGGGAGAGGUCCACGUGGCAACGGGGGCAGGAAGGGAGAAAUUCCCUCCCGCAAAACUUAAGAUAAACUUUGAUUUGUGUAUUGUUUACAUAACAAUUUUAAAGGGUACAUAAUGUGUAAAGAGUUGGGAUAGAACUUUUCUUCAUACUAUGGUUUUUGUAAAGGAUUUGUUGAUAUGGAUUCAUUUCUUUCCCUCUAUUUUUAUAAUUGCAGCAGGGUUGUCUUUUUAAAUGGCUGCCAAGCUCUGCUUCUCCGGAAGACGGAUGCAGUCACGUAGGCCUGAGUUGUGUCUUCCACCUGCGGGUGGGAGGAGCGUGUAGGUGGAGUCGGAGGACCAGGAUGCAGCUGGAAUGGGCGGAGCGCUGGGGAGGGCGCCACCAUGUGGUCGGUUGUGGGGUUGUGCACAGUCACCUAGAGAUGCUAAAGAAUCCUGCUGCCCUUUCCGUGCUGGAUUUGCUUCUCAUCUGGAGACACCUCUUCCUCCCCAGCCUACCAUGAGGUUUCACCCUAUCACUCCUGGCCUCGCUGCGUGCACACACACAGGUGGGUACAAGUUCCACUGGAGGAGAAAAGGCAAGGGUGGAUAUUUUUCCCUAGCAAAAGGCCUUAAUACCCAGAUAAUAAGCUUAAAAUGCCGCUUACGGGGGUUGUUCACAGGAAGCUGAACCUGGGGGCUGCACCCCCUUGGCUUGCUCAUCGCUGCGGAAGAGCAGGGGAGCAGGGUCCAGCAACAGUGUAUGAACGGUCAGUCAGCAUGUGGCAGAGAGAGCUGUGGGGAGACGUGCCAGAUGGGCAGUGAAAGACGUGGGGAAGGUCAACUUCCUGAUGGAAAUGAUGGUUCUAUCACACAUGUCAGGGAUUUGCUGUGUUGUCAGCUGAUUUAUCGACGCACACAGAAAGGAGACAAAACCACUGGUUACAUGGUGAGAGAUUAACAAACUAUACUAUCACAAAGUAAUAGCUCUAUUUCUUAAGGGCAAGAAAGAUUUGAUGCAGUGGAAGGUAUUAGAGGAAAUCCAAGAGGAACUGUGCUCUGCACUAGAAAAUUGGGUUGUGUAAAUGAUUGUAUGACUGCUCGGCCAGAGGCAAGAUUGGGGAGAUGGUAUGAAGCCUGUUUAUUGAAUGGGUGAGUCUAGUGCUGUUUUUGUUUUUGUUUUGUUUAAGCAAAGUCAGAGUCGAAAUUGAAGAGAUCAGACCAUGAAAAUCACUGCACUUGUUUAUGGGUAUUUUUUAAAAAAUAAGUUAAUGAAGUAAAUACAGAUUUAAAAGGCCUUAAUGAAAUCUGAACAGCUUUCUUUUACCUUCAAGAUUAAAAAUGUACACCCAACACAGGCUUGGAUAUUCUGAGGCUCAUGAAUUCCUUUUAAAGUCUAAAAUGAGGGAACAUCUCAACCAUAGCAAGCCUCUAACAAGCAAAGAAGGCUUGAAUCCACAACAUCCUGCAUUGCAUUAAAAAAAAAAAAAAGUCCUCCUUGGGUCUCUGUGUUCUAAAGAUGCAAAUCCACGUGCAGAAAGAGGCAGCAUUUUUUAGUUGAUUUCUUUUUAACCAAGUGCCAUUAACAUUCAUCCUCCACACCCCUUUUCUAAGCAAGCUUAGGGUUACUUGGGGAAUGUGCUGGGAUGGACGCUCAUGUGUGAGUCGGGAAGAACAGGUCAAAGGAUGUCGAAGGCCAAAGGCAAGACCAGAGGGUUCGCGAAGGUGUUUUUUUGGAUGCUGAGAAAGUUAACGAAGAAGGAACAAUGGUAUAACACGUCUCGUGGAGAGAUAAGAAUGAUUCAGAUCUGCUGCAAAACACAUGUAUCCAUAAAGACUUGGGUUAUUCAGAAAACAGAUUGUGAACACAAUCACAUUAGCAUGAAUCCUUUAAAAGGAAGAAGACCUUAAAGUAUUUGCAAAUCUGAAUUUCUAUUUAUUCCUUCACUGAAUAUAGAAACAAUGGUUAUCUGAUUAUUAGAGAUAUUAUUUUGGAUAUGUUACUUAUUAACUUGCUAUGGCUGGUAACCAUGAUAAAGUCUGUUAUUAAUAACAACAUAAUUCUUUUUUUAAAAAAAGAAAGGCUUAUUUUUCAUUGACUGUGUAUAGAUUUAUCUACUUAGUUGUGUUUUUGCUAUUAGUGUUUUCAUUUUUUUUUUUAAGUUGAGUGUUCUGAUAAAUUUUAGGAGCCUGUCCCCACCUUGUUUUGAGUCCUGUGUUGACUGCAGGUAUACAGCUCAGUCUAAAAAUCCUAAAGCAAAAGAAUUUUAUUUAUAAAAAAAAAAAAUCAAACAGUUGCAUGCGUAAGGCUGUGAAGUCAAAUAUUUAGAAAUAAAGCGGCAGUGCCUUUUUUUGUAUUUACCCACUGACCCCCAGAUGCAACUGUUUUAUAUGAAGUAAAUAGUAAACAUUAAAAAUCUCAGAGUAAAAUCUAUCUCACUACAUGGUUUUUUCCCCCUCCCCUUGUGUUGAUUUAAGCAGUGUGUAUGUGACAUCUCCGCUGUCCCAGGGACAGUGGUAGCCUGCGACACUGUUAUCAUGUAUGUUUUAUUGGUGCUUUUUAUUCAUAGUGGUUUCUUACCAGAAACAGUAGGAAGACACACAUGAACUGUGUACAAGAAAUGAAGCAUUGCUGCUGAGAUGUUUUGUUUUGUCUUUUCCACAUGCUUUUUGAGUUUCACUUUCUAAACGAGGGCCAGCAGGCAAAGUAGAUGCUGCUGGGUGGGCCCUUGGAGGGUGGCUGUUGGCACCCGGCUCUCCGAUCCUGUGUAUCAACGACCCCUUCUUGGUACUCGGGAUUGGAGCUACAGCCGGGCUCCCUCUCCCGUUCGUUUGAAGAGACACUGAGGGAAACGAGGUUUUCUUUUGAGGUGUCGCUGGCUGCCUUUUACGGAAUGGGAGCCUUCUCCGGGUCUUCUGUUCUUCUGCACCUCUUGUAGCUACUGCCAGUGCAAGGUUUGUAAAUGCGCGUUCCCCCUCUGGACCUGGGAUCUCACCUGGAGCCUGGGCUGGGGGCAGAGCUGGGCUGACCGUGUAGGCAUGCAGCCGGAAGGGCCGUGAGGGAAGAGAAGAAGCCCCAGUCUCGGUCGUUAGCCCUCUAGGGAUGUCUUGGGCAGGCGGCCCCAGCUGGGGUGCCCAGAAGCAGUAAAACCAAGGCACUCAGGUGUGCCUUUUGCAAGAAGGCCCUGCAGAAGGAUACUUUGCACAUGGGGCUGUGAUAACACUAAUGUUGAUUUUUUUUUUUUACAAGUCAUCAGAGAUGUUUGCAAAGUGAGUUUUAUUUUUCUGUAAUUCCUUUAUCUUUACUUAAAGGUGAAUGUGUAUUCCUCUGGGAGGAAUAGGAAGAAAACAGGAAUGUUAAUAAUGUCAAACAGAAGACUUCCUCCCUUAUUAAUAUAUAACUCUCCUGUAUUUAUGCCUAAUGUAAGCUGACUUUUAAAAAGCUUUCCUUUGUUGCAUGCCCUGUGCAGGCAUCCCUAUUGUACAUGCAUGCCUUUCAUCCUGUUUUCCUGUAUAAAGUUAGUGAACAAAGAACUAUUUUUGCCUAGUUCAUGUUGCCAAGCAAUGCAUAUUUUUAAAUUUUGUCAUAUAUGGAAAUAGCAUGUUUGUUACAUGUAAAAGCUUUACUGAUAUACAGAUAUACUAAUGUUUGAAGAUGCUGUUCUUUGCAAGUGUACAGUUUUCAAAUGUUGUUACCAGUGAAACACCCUUGUGGUUUAAACUUGCUACAAUGUAUUUAUUACUCAUUUCCUCCCAUGUAACUAAGAAUCAUGGCUAUAUUUCAUAUCAACGUUAUAUUGAAAGUGAAGGGAAAUGAUUAAUACAAGGUUUUGUAACACU